GAUAUAUAUUUAUAAAUAUAAACACUGACGAAUGUACAGACAUGUGGUAAUGUCGUUAAUCACACUUUACAGGAGAGCUUCAUCAUUAAAAAGAUGUCCGGCUUAGUUAACACAUGCUGGAUGGGAUUACUUAUGUUUUGUAUUGCCAUGUGUGCCUGGAUGUAAUCUGAUCCCCCGCCAGAACUGAUUAACUACACAUCGUCAAGUUUGUUUUAAUCCAUUGCAGAUACCAGAUGAGAGAGAAAAAGUUUUUACGCUAAGAGAAAACACAUACUGAGAGAAGUUUCAUAAAGUAAGAAGAAUUUUGUGUCAUUUCGGAAAUCAAUUUUAAGAGUCGAAGUACACAGUGUUACGGCGUGAAAAGUGUACAAUAGAGCAGUUAUCUUAUUAAAGAGGAGUGAUUAAAGAUACGGUGUUGUUGAUUUCACUGGAAAUGUAAUUAGUGUGACAGUAUUUGAUGGAGUAAUUAGUUGUUGUGGGAAAAUGGAUAUCAGGAAUUUAAUUCUGUCCUUUGUAUGGAUUUACUACCAAUAUUUCAGCAUUGUUUUAUCCUCAGCAUUGCCGGAUACCAUUAUCAUUGGUGGGUUAUUUGAAGACAGAAAUAAGGGUGUUGAGAUAGCCUUCCGCCAUACGACGGAGAAGAUAAAUUUAAGAGGGGAUGUUUUAGGAAAAUCAUUGCUCAUUUAUAACAUUGCACCAGUAGGUCAAGAUGAUAGUUUCGAGGCAUCGAAAAAAGUUUGUAAGAUGAUAAAAGACGGUGUCGCAGCCAUAUUUGGUCCAUCAUCACAGAUAUCGUCCGGUCAUGUUCAGUCCAUAUGUAAUACAUUAUCCAUUCCACAUAUACAGACACACUGGGAUGCACGUGUCGAUAGAGACUAUUUUUCAUUAAGUUUAUAUCCACAUUAUGAAGUUUUAGGAAAAGCUUAUGUAGAUCUUAUCAAAUUCUGGCAGUGGAAUACAUUUACAAUAUUAUAUGAAAAUAACGAUGGGUUAAUACGAUUAGAAGAGGUUCUAAAAUUUUCAAAGGGUGCAAAUGUGAAGGUAACAGUCCGAAAACUAGAUGAUGAUCCAACAAAUUGGGUAUACAUGUUUAAAGAAAUGAUUGAUAAACAAGAGAAAAGAAUGAUUAUAGACUGUGAUGCAUCUAAAGUAGAAGGUGUUCUUCAUAAGGCUAGUCUUGUCAGCAUUGUGAAUGAGUACUAUCACUUUAUGUUUACAACAUUGGACUUAGGAUUACUUGAUUUAGACCAGUAUUCCUUUGGUGGAGCAAAUAUAACAGCAUUCAGAUUAGUAGAUCCUAAAAAUCCUGGAGUUGUAGCUGUCAAUGAAGACUGGGUGUUUGAAGAGUUGAAUAACAGAGAAUCGCCCUUACAAGGUCAAAGAAUGAUACCGACUGACGUAGCCCUAAUGUAUGAUGGAGUGUUUCUGGCAGCUCAUGCUCUCGAUGAAGUGGGCAAGGCUAAACAGAUAUCAACUGACAAGGAGUUAUCAUGUUCAAAAUCUAAAUCAUGGGCGGACGGUCUUAGUGUAUUGAAUUACAUGAAAACUAUGGAUUUUCAAGGGUUGACUGGAAGGGUUCAAUUUGAAAAUGGUGAACGUAGAAAUUUUAACAUGGAUGUUAUAGAACUGUCUAGAACUGGACUUCAAAAGAUUGGUACAUGGGCUCCAAAGCCAGGAGUAAAUAUAACAAAAUCAGAAAAAGAAAGAAAAGUAGAAGUUGAGAAAGAUUUAAGCAAAAAGGUGUUGAGAAUCACAACAAAAGAGGAUCCACCAUAUGUAAUGCGUCCUGAAGGAGAUGUAAAGCCAGGUGCUCCUAAAUAUGAGGGAUUUGCAAUAGACAUUCUUGAGUUGUUGAAGCAAAAAUUGAAAUUCAACUACACAAUAGAAGCUUCGGAUGGUUAUGGUGGUUGUAAGGAGGACAGACAGACAAAACAAGUGAAAUGUGAUGGUAUGAUGAAAGAUCUUGUAGAAGGGAAAGCAGAUCUUGCAGUUGCCGGAAUGACAAUUACAUAUGAUAGAGAAAAAUACAUUGACUUCACAAAGCCAUUCAUUAAUACAGGAAUAUCUAUCCUCUUCAAAAAACCAGAACCAGCACCUCCAAAACUCUUUUCAUUUUUAGACCCAUUAUCAACAGAUGUAUGGAUUUAUUUAUUGGCGGCAUUUAUGUGUGUUAGUUUUAUGUUGUUCGUGAUAGCCAGGUUUACCCCAUACGAAUGGUGCAAUCCACAUCCCUGCAACCCAGAAACAGAUGUUGUUGAAAACCAGUUUUCCAUCUUAAAUAGUCUUUGGUUUUCCAUAGGAGCCCUCAUGCAACAAGGGUCUGAAGUCGCACCUAGAGCGAUAUCAACAAGACUGGUGGCAUGUUGCUGGUGGUUUUUUACCCUUAUUAUAAUAUCAUCUUACACUGCCAAUUUAGCUGCGUUCUUAACAGUAGAAAGAAUGGUAGCACCGAUAGAAGGCGCUGAGGAUCUGGCGAAGCAAAGUGUUAUAAAAUAUGGAACUCAAAGUAGUGGAAGCACAGAAAAGUUCUUUUCGGAUUCAGUCUUUCCAACUUAUCAGCAAAUGUGGACAGUGAUGAGCGGAGAUCCAAAUAACUUUGUGGGCAGUAGUAAUGAAGGAGAGAUAAAAGUUGAAAAUGGCAAUUACGCAUAUUUUGCUGAAGCUACUUUCAUUGAAUAUGUAACUGCCCGAAAGUGUGAAUUAAUGCAGGUUGGGGGUCUGCUCGAUUCAAAGGGAUAUGGGAUUGGCUUACCCGUAGGUUCGCCGUAUCGAGAUGCUAUUUCUGAUGAAAUUUUAAAUUUUCAAGAACAGCAGAAGAUAGCUGAACUUAAGAUCAAGUGGUGGCAAAAAGAGCGUGUUCAAGGUGGAGUUUGUACAGAAGCAAAAAAGAGUACAACUAAAGCAUUGUCAAUUAAAAAUGUUGGUGGUGUAUUUGUUGUCUUAGCUGGUGGUGUAAUCGGUGGAUUUUUCAUAUCAAUGUGUGAAUUUGUAUGGAAAGCCAGAAAAAAUGCAAAAGAAGAUAAGCAAACAUUGUGUUCUGAGAUGUCUGAAGAGUUCCGGUUUGCGUUGACUUGUUUUGGAUCUACAAAACCAUCAAAGCGAAAAAGCAGUUUAGAAAUAACAGAUAAUGGAAUUAUUCAGACAGCUCCAAUGCUUAGUAAUAACUAUGGUGGUUCAAAAGAAUAUUAUGCAUAGAUGAACUUUUCAGAAUCUAUUGCAUUCUGGAGACAAGUGUCCACCAUUUAUUAACAAUGUCCUCAACAAUGGCUAUCUAACCAAUGGUGUGACAUUAGUUUUAUUGUUGUGUAAGGACAAUGAAAUAACAAUCUUGUAGAUUCUGAAACGAUGACUUACAGAUGAUUGUACUAAAUCUCAUGAACAAAUCAGGAGAAACAUUUUCAUAAGAUGAUGUUGGAUAAUUAAAAGCAGUUUAGAUGGUUGACAAUCAGUAAUUUAACUUGUUUUGUGCUUUAAAGGAAACAAGUUUAAUUAUGUGUGUUGAUUUUUAGAUUUUAACCUGAUUUUAUCUUGUACUUAUCUUUGUGGUUUCAAAGUAUUUAAAUCGGCACUUCUGUCCAUUAAACUGUUGAGUGAUUUUUUAUGGAUAAAACAUAAUAAUAACUUAAUAAAUUUAGUAAAACCGAACAAGACGAUGAAUAGAUUCAGCAGGGUAUCCUGUUUUGUAAUGUCUAGGAAGCCUUUCAAAUCUAUCUAUGUAAAAAUAUUUUUUGUAAUUUAGUCUCGAUGUAGAUCAAUUCUAUGAUGAAUAAUGUCUAACUGUUGUUAUAUAGACAAUAACUGUAUAGUGUCUUUAAAUAUCAACUGUAUUUGUACGAGGCUAAGAAACAGGUAUAAUGCGAGCUUCAGCGAGCUCUUACUCCUGUUUCGAGUCGAGUACAAAUACAGCUGAUAUUUAAAGACAUUAUACAGUUAUUGUCUUUAUCCUGUAAUGAAUUUUGUACAUUUUUUUCCAUCCCAAUCGUUGAAUUUGUUUUUAAAAGAAAUCGACAUGACUUAAAAGCGGACUGCGAUGAGGACCCCAAAUUGACCUGUAACGUAAACAUAAAUUUGACAUAACCGUUCAAUCGCAACAGAAGCAGGAUACCAGGAGACUGUAUCCGUCUAGUAUACGUAUAUCGCUUCGUGUUAUCUGUACACCUGUAUUAGUAUAGUAGAGAGGUCGAUUGCAGGAUAAAAGAACUAAUGCGUUUCGCAUUAUCCUUCCAAACGAUAAUAAUAUUCAAUGUAGUAAACAUUUAGUUUUGAAAAAAGUGCCUUUGUGAUAUGUAAAUAAUUUUUGCUUAACGAAUACACUGCAUGUUUCAAUAUAAGACAUAUUUCGCUUUAAAGAGUUUUGUCAAAAGACUGGUAAUAAUCAAAUAUAAAUUUAUAGAGAUGACAAAAAUAUAUCAAAUAUUAUUUAGCCAAUUCACUAUCUAAAGGAUUGUUGGAAAUUUAAUUUUUCGUACACUAAAAAAAACAACGUCGUUACGCAAUUGGUAGAAUUUAUAGAUUUUAUAACGUUUUUACCAAUAACAACGUGUUGGUGUACGCGUUUGAAAAUAUUACCCACAAUGAAUUAGAUUCUGAAACUUCGAACUGAAAUUUAAGUACAUGCACUGGUACUUUAUUUUCAUUAUUUAAACAUUUUUUUUUAUUUUGCAUCAAAUUAAACCCUCUCAUUUUUUACUUCACAUGCAUACUUUAUUAAUAGUUCAAAGAACCUUUUUAGUAUUGGUGUAUGUUUUAAACGAUAUGGACAAUAACAUAUUGUAUUCAAACUACCAAAUUAAUCCUAGUAGAUGAAGUUUAAUCUUAAACUGUCAUUUUUAUCUUAACAUCAUCUGAAAAGUCUUCAACUAACAUUUAAAGUCUUGUCAAUAGUUUAAGUUAUUUUCAAGCAUUUUCUUUUUUUAAACUAAGUACUGUUUAGACAUUUUCCUUACAGUCAAUCCAGUAUUGUUCAGUACUGUUUCAAACAAUUCAGUAUUUAGUUGUUUUGUAACAGAUCUUAAUUGGCUGCAAGCGAAUUGUCUGAUUAGUACUGAAUAUACCGCAGUGGAUCUGUUCAGAUCAAAUUGACCGUUUCAGUUCAAAAUUGGUUUACUUUUGCAAUCAUGUCUCUUGCAAUAAUUAAACUUUCACAUGUGUUCUAUUAAUAGUGAUCUUAAGUCUUUAUAUUAAGAUAUGCAAUAUUCUGUGUUUUUUGUGAAUAUUUACCAUAUUGUGGAUUUCGCAUUGAAUAAAGUGAAAUCAACAAAGGUUAUGUGCCAUUUGUAUAUAUAUUCAUGUUUCUAAAUGUUUGGUCAUACGAUUUGAUGGGAUGAAUCUUGAAUUUGCUUUGCUCAAUAAUUCUUACAAAAAUUGCUCUUUUGUUAAAUAUUCAAAAUAAAAAAGCGGUCAAGAUUCGAUAAGAAAAGAAAGCAUUAUGUUAAUAUGAUAUUUUGAAAUGUAAUUUAUAUGAAAAGGAUUUAUAAACAUGAUUGUACAUAAACUGUUCAAACGCACCAAAUUUACGAUUUCAUUAUGUAUUCCAACUUUAUGAGGUCAUGUAUUUUUUUAAAUAAGUCUUUAUAUUUGGGAACUUUAAAGGUUAAAUACAGGAUUUCUGCGACAACAAAACUAAUAAGACAUAGCUAUUCAGACAACAUUCUAAGAUUUUUGCACCGUUAUUUACAGCAUAAUUCCUUAUAUGAAAGUUUCAUAUUCACUAUUAUAGUGCUUUGAAUAAUGCAUAUUUUGUUCUACUUCAUUAAUGUAUUUUAUUUGAUUCAAACAUAUGAAUCUAUUUCAUUUGAAUAUAAUUUUAGGUAUUUAAAAAGAUUAAAAAACUAUACACGAUUCAUUCUUAGAUAGAACCGCAACUUACUUCAAAUAUGCCUAUCCAUAUUAUGGAUUUUACCUUUUCUAAAAGUAUGAUAUACUAAGACAAUACCUAAACAUAAUUUAAAUAUACCUUCCCAUUUUAUUCAUUUUACCUUUACCAAAAAUAUGAUACAUGUGAAGUAAACAAAAGACAUUAAAUAUAACAUGUCCAAAGCAAUAUCAUCCGUCCAUAAAAAACGUUCAUAAUAAAUAUGUUCAUAUCUGGGUAUGCCGUUUGUAGAUACAAAUGUUGGUGGAGAACAAACAUAUGUCAUUAACAUCACGUGAUUCAUAUUAAGUAUGGUACAUUUUCUUUGUAUAUAUUUGCAUUUUUUGUUGUUGUUGUAUUUUUUGUUAAAACUGGUCAUCUUAAUUGAAAUAAUGUUACUUACUGUGUGACAUUUGCCAUGAUGCUCAUUGUGCGAAAUGUUUUGGGCUACAAAACAUGCCUCUAAUGAAAAGAACCGAUACUGGAAUAGAUGCAAUUCACUGCAAGUAAAGGGCAUUCGCAUUACCAGAUUCAUAUUUUCAAAAAAUUGUUGAAUAAACUGCAAUGUUUCUGUGUAUACGGAUGAUAAAACUUCAGGAAACCUAUUCAUUAUAACUAAAAAAGCUAAGAGUCAUAGUAACCAUUUUUCCUAAGAGAAAAAGAAGCUAUUCAUAAACAUCUGUUGAGAUGCAUAUCGAUGUGUUUUUAUUUUAUUUUGUCAUAUAUACCAUAUGAUGAAAAUAAUUGUGCAGUAUUAUUAUAACAGUAUUAAAAAGAGCAAGUACAGAUACAAACUUUGUUCAAAUAUAUGUACAUAUGAAGAGUUUAUAUGUACAUUUUUUAAAUGUUUUCAAAUGAAAGAUACCAGCAGUGGCGGAUCCAGGGGGCGAGAGGGCGGUUCCGGGGGUUGGAGCCCCCCUUUUUUUUAUGAUCAAUGCUUUUGAAUGGGGACAUAUGGUUGGAACUCCCCCUUUUAUCCUGGUUUGGAACACCCCUUUAAAAAAUGGCUGGAUCUGCCCCUGACCAGGUAUUCUCAGAAUUGUACAACGUAAUUUCAUCUAUAGGUCGAUAUAAUUGUAUGAUUGAGAAGAAUAAGAACUUUGACAGUAGAACAAAAGAAAAUCUGUAAUGCAGUUUAAAGGACUUUAAAAGACUUAAUGAAAUUUGACCUUUCUGCAACUAAAUAUUUGCAUAAUGGUCUUGUUUCAAAGGUAUUGUAAAGAAUAAUAGACAAAACAAUGUAUAAAGAAAUGUAUGGAGGAAUUGAAGUUAUGCUGAAAAAUGAUAAUCAUGUUAACGUCAUUAUGUCAUGUAAUUUUGUCUUCCAUUUAAGUGAAAAGCACAUUUAUCAUACUUACCUGAAACUGCUGUGGGAUACCUGUGUCAUAUAUUCAUUGAAGUGUAUUUUGAGUUCUUCUAAGAUAAGGUGGAUCAUAUUAGUACCGAAGUCGAUUCAACAGUGCCAUUGCACAUUUAAAUGUCGGUACACCAAAAUGAAAAUAUCAUAAAAUAUUGUCAAAAUAACUGUUGUUUAGGAUUGUACGAUCUGAUCAUAAAAUAGAGGUAUGUCUGCCCAAAAUGUAACUGAUUUAAAGGUUUAAAAUGUUGAAUUUGCACUUUUAUCUGAUGUAUAAUGAUAAAGUGGAAUACACAAAUGUAAAAUAAAAGAUUUAGAAUGUUAAUGAUUAUUUUUAAAACAAUUUUAGUAUUCCUUUAAAAUUGUGAAGUGGUAUAGUGCAUACAAAAUAUGUAUGACGCAUAAUGAUAAAAUGGAAUACACAAAUGUAAAAUAAAAAUAUUAUAAUGUUUUUGAUAAAAUUAAAAUAAUGUAAGUAUUUCAUUAAAAUUGUUCAGUGGUAUUGUACAUAUAAACUUAUCGUUUACCAAAAUUUAAAUUUUGAACCUUGUCAUAUUCUAUUGGACGUCAAGUUAUGUAAAUGUAUGCACAAAUCAACACCUUAGAAAGUUGAUUUCAAAAACUCAAACUUUGAUACUGAAUUAGAAGAGAAAUAAAGGAUUGGAAUUAAUAUGUUGAUAGAAAAUUCAUCUUUAUUUUUGAUUGUCACUAUCAUUUAUAUUUAAACAUUUUAUCACUUGUUAUGAAGUCAAAAUGUACAUAUCUCUGAAGGAAUAAAAUAUUUUUUAGAA